AUGGCGACACUUAAUCCGCUUGUAUGUGUGGUGGAUUUUCAUCAUGCGCGAGGCCCCGAAAUCGAACUCUGGCUUGGUGCAGAAGAGGGGACCGACCCGGCAGCCGACAAUGACUGGUCCCUCUUGCCCUUCAUGGCCCUGAGCGAUGGCGCUCAUGCCUCCACCGAAGACUACUCCUACUUCACCCUCCGCCGUGCACAAACCCCGAACGAGCCCGCAACCUCUCUUUUCGGUAUCUCAUGUACGCGACAACUCGAUGCUAGCAAGCUCAUAGACCGGCCGGCUGAAGUUACAAGGAGUACGGUGCAAAAGGCGGUAGUGGUUAUAAGCAACAGCCCGCAGCAUUUUGGCGCAAUCAAGGCACAGUUGAGUGUUGUUACUCAGCUGUGGUUUGCGCAAAGAGACUUUAGGGACAUUGAGAUAUUGGAGCGGUUCACAGAAAGUCUACCCCAGCUGCUUAAGAACCAGGAAGGGCAGCAGGACCACUACUUCGGUAUCUCUUUGCGCGAGUUCAUACACGAGUUCAAAUGGCAGACUCUGGUUCUUUUCAAGUGCGCUUUACUCCAACCAAAGGUUCUUUUCUUCGGCUCUCAUUGCGAGCGAUUAUGCAUGAUGCAAUUUGCUCUUAUUUCUCUGAUACCCGGCCUUAUUCGCCACCUCCAGGAUGCUGCUGACCCCAAGUUCAAUUCGUGCGAGGAGAAAUGUGUCAUGCCAACGUCGUUGAAAACGUCAGAACGCGCUUCUUUGCUUGCAUAUAUGGGUCUCCCCCUGCAGUUGUUUGGUACAGGCUCGCUGUUCGGACCGUAUACCCCGCUUCAGCAGCUCGAUGUUUUGGCAGAUCAACACACAAAGUCGUACAUUGUUGGCUCUACAAAUUCAUUGUUACUGCAGCAAAAAGAUCGCUACAGUGACAUUCUCAUCAACCUCGAUGAUCAUACGGUGAAUAUCACUUCGGCUUCGCUUCGUCAAGCAUCGGUCCUCUCGACACCAGACCGGCGAUGGAUUGACUUCCUAACCCAGACAGUUCACGAUACAUGGGACGAGUCGGACCCAGGGCGGCCCAAGGACCAUGGGUAUGCUGGCAGUGAAGAAUUUAUCCGCAUGCAGUUUGAAGAGUACCUCCUUGCGAUGCUAAGCUCAGUCAAAUACAAACUGUACAUGGAGAAGCACGCACAUAAAGAGCCCGUACUCACUGAUGUUGAGGGCGACCCGGCCAGCGAGUUCUCGAACGACUGGGUACAGGCCUGGAUGCAGACGGAGAAUUUCCGCAUCUGGAACAAAUUCACAGACUCACAUCUCUUCGACAUUGUCGAUCCCAAGCAUCCUUGCUCGGGUGGUCUCAGCAUGGAAGACGUUCAGCGCCGACUAGCACAGCAGGUAGCAGAAAUGCACCUUGAUGAACGACUCGAAAAGAGUAGAGAAAUCCUCGGAAAGCAGAUCGCUGCAGGGCAGCAAAGGUUCUCCUCCGCCUACAAUAGACUCUGGGCAGAGAUGGAAGCCAUGCGUGAAGCUCAGAAGCAAAGGGCUGAAGAAGCAAGAAUUCAGGCCGAGAAGGAGGGACGAGCAGCCGAGGAAGAAAAGAAGUGGAAAUCACCACAAGCUCCGGAUCUCUCACACGCACAAGCGAGGGCCAGUGCCUACUUCUCUAGUUGGGGCACUUGGGCAAGUGAGAAGAGAAAGGGAUGGGGAAAUAAGACACCUGUAUCCUCACCCGCACCUGAUGAUAACAAACGAGCCGAAGAUUUCAAGAAGGCCAAGGAUGCCUUGAUUGGUGUGGACAUUCCAGCGACUUCACCCCUGCCGAGAGAGAUCAAAAGACGGACUUUGGUAUUUGAUGCUGAGGACAACAAGGCUGAUUUUGACUACGACUUGAUUGAGACUGAAAAGAAGACCGUCAAUGAUGAGAAGGAUAAAGAUGGUGCGGAGAAGGCUACAGAUGGACCUGAGAAGGAUAAAGACAGUGCUGAAAAAGAAAAGGAUACGGUCAAAGAUAAAGAUGAUGUGGUCAAGGAUAAGGGGGAUGAGGUCAAGGAUACGAUUGAUGCGGUCAAGGCCUAA